CGUCCGCUAACGGUACAGACCUGUCAGCAUAACGGCGGUCGCUUCACCUCCCGUGUCAUCUUUUACUAGCUUUACUGAAACAUUCCUAAAGGGGUCGGAGAAAGAAUCCGUGGGAGAAGAGAGGAGCGGCGUAGGGACACGCAGGGCGGGAGGCGGAGUAGAGAGAGCCGGGUCUGCUGGACGCUGAGGCGGCCGCGCCGCUGCUGCUGCUGCUGCCGCCGCAAAGCCUGCUUUUUCUGCGGACACAUUUUACACUUUCACUCCCGACUCAGCGAAGCCCCGACCCCUCUGUGGAGCUGGAUGUUUGCCUUUCCUACAGAUUUCACCAUGGAAUGGAUGAAGGAGGACUGACACUUGGGGAGCCGUGAAGAAAAGAUCGAUCUGUUGGAAAAGUAGCAUCUGGAAAAAGCCCACCAGGAGCCGAGGAGAGUGACAGCAGCAGCAAAAUGUCUGUCCCUAACGUGUUGGCCAAGGCCUUGUAUGACAACGUGGCAGAGUCUCCGGACGAGCUGUCCUUCCGCAAAGGCGAUAUCAUGACGGUGUUGGAGCGUGACACGCAAGGAUUGGACGGCUGGUGGCUCUGCUCCCUCCACGGCCGCCAAGGCAUUGUCCCUGGCAACCGUCUCAAGAUUCUGGUCGGCAUGUACGACAGCAAGCAGCCGACCACACCUUCCACGCCAGAUCCAGCCACUUCCUGUCCGCCCCCACAUGCGCAGCGACCCCUCCUUCCUCAGGGCGGCUACACCAAGCCAACGGCUGUGCCGUCGUCUGCUGCCAACAAGCCCCUCCCAUCAACUCAGUACACGUCUAUGCACCCGGCCUACUCCACCCCCAGCCCUGCACAGCCCAAUCCUGACUCUGUCUACAUGAUGCCCCCUUCUCACAGCUCCAAACCAAGUCCCCAAAGCCUGUACCAGAUCCCCUCUGGCCCAAUUGGACCCCCCCCACAGACCCAGCCAGGACCCCCCAGCAAGGGCCCAGCCCUAGCCCAGAGACAGUAUCAGCUGCCUGGGCAGGACAUCUACCAAGUGCCCCCCUCUGUAGGCCCAGGGCCAGGCCAGGCAGCAGCCCCAGCUGGGGGGACAGGAGCUGGGCAGGAUGUGUACCAGGUGCCCCCCUCCCUGGAUAAGAGGAACUGGGAUAGUAGCAACAAGCCGCUGGGCAAGGUGGUAGUUCCUACUCGGGUUGGACAGGUGUAUGUGUAUGACACAGUGAAACCAGACCAGGACGAGUACGACGUCCCACCCAGACAUCAGCCUCCGACCCAGCAGGACAUCUACGACGUGCCACCCACCCGCCAGCAGUACAACACACAGGUGUAUGACACUCCUCCCAUGGUGGUGAAGGGGCCAUCUAGUGGUCAUUUUAUAUAUGACACCCCAGCAAGCACAGACAAGAACUCACAGCAAAUGGUCUAUGACUUCCCCCCGUCUGUCAGUAAAGACGUCCCUGAUGCUCAGCCAGUCAGAGAGGAGACCUAUGACGUACCACCCCACUUUGCCAAACUCAAGCCACAAGUACCCGUCCCUCCUGGCCAGUACCUGCACAACAACCUCAACGAUGAUGAUGAGCCGCCGAUACCAGAGGACGUGUACGACGUCCCACCCCCCAUUCUGACUGAAAAGCAUUAUCAUGCAGAAAGGGGCGGAGUCAGCCAGGCCCCCCAGGAAAUCUAUGACAUCCCGGCCAGCCUGCGGAGCGGAGGUCCCCCAACCCAGGAUGUGUAUGACUUUCCUCGGGAACGAGAGGAGAAAGGAGACCAAUAUGUCUACGAUGUCCCACCACAGGUUGUGCGUGAUGCCCAGUCCACCAGUGAGGAGCUGACCUUCAAGCGGCUGUCUGCCUCGAGCACUGGAAGCACACGGAGCAACCACUCUGCUUCGUCCUUGGACAUGGUCCCUGUCCGUGACACCUCCUCUUCCUCCUCACUUUCUGCUCCUGGCUCCACUCCAGCGAAACCCCUCAUCUUGGACCUGGAGCAGGCCAUGGAGCGUCUGUCUCGUCUCCAGCAAGCUGUUGAGUCCAGCGUUUCCCUCAUGAUGUCAUUCAUCACAGGUAACUGGAGAAGCCCUGCUCAACUGGAAGGGAACCUCCCAGCCAUUCAUCAGGCUGCUGACCGGGUGCGCGUCACUGUCCGAGACUUCCUAGAAUUUGCCCGGGGCGCUGUGGCGAAUGCGGCCCAGGCCACAGACCGCUCUCUGCAGACCAAACUGGGCCGUCAGGUGGGGAAGAUGGAGGAGGUCUUCCAGAGUUUGGUGCGACACAGUCAGAGCUUAGAUGGCCUUUCCUGGUCGCACACGGCGCUCACAGCACCGCCACCAGGAGGGGAUGACUUAGAUCGACUAAUCAUGACGGCACGAGGAAUCCCAGACGACGCCAAGCAGCUCGCCUCCUUUCUGCAUGGUAAUGCGUCUCUGCUCUUCAAGCGGACCACCCGGCACCAGCAGCAGCUGCCGCUUCCUCCAAUUCCAGGGGAGAUCAGUGGUCACAUGACAGGAUCAGGAAGUGGUAGCUAUCAGGGAGGGGAGAAGGUGAACAUUCAGUUGCGGCCCCUUCCCUCUCCGCCAAAGUUUACAGCUGCAGAGGAAGAGGAAGGUGUGGACAGGCCAUAUGAGACCACAGAGGAAGGCUGGAUGGAGGACUAUGACUACGUACAUUUACAGGGAAAGGAAGAGUUUGAAAAGAACCAAAAACAGCUGCUGGAGAAAGGCAACAUCAUCAGACACAAGACACAACUGGAACAGCAACAGAUUAAACAGUUUGAGCGGCUAGAGCAGGAAGUCAGCCGGCCAAUCAACAAUGACAUGACUGGCUGGGUCCCGUCCCCGCACCACCCUCUGGCCAACCACUUGGCCCAGAACGGCUCUGGAGCCCUCACCUCGUCCAAACUGUGCAACGGCGACCGGCAGCUCCUCCUCUUCUACCAGGAGCAAUGUGAGCAGAAUGUCACCACGGUGACCAAUGCCAUCGAUGCCUUUUUCACCGCCGUCAACUCCAACCAGCCACCCAAGAUCUUUGUGGCGCACAGCAAGUUCGUCAUCCUCAGCGCGCACAAGCUGGUGUUCAUUGGCGACACACUGUCACGCCAGGCCAAGUCUCCUGACGUGAGGGCCCGGGUGGCCCAGAGCAGCAACACCCUUUGCGAAAAACUCAAAGACAUUGUGAUCAGUACAAAGACAGCUGCUCUUCAGUAUCCUUCCCCUGGAGCAGCCAGAGAGAUGACUGAGAGGGUAAGGGAGCUGGCAGGGUGUACGCAGCAGUUCAGGAUGGUGCUGGGACAGCUGCUGGUGAUGUAGGGGGAGUGGGGGGAGGAGUGCUGCCCUGUACACCCUUCCAGUGUGAGGUUGGAGACCCUGCGUGCCUCGACAGGAUGAGGCUUUCCAUCACUUAUGCGCUUGACAUGUAGCAUGAGAAACCCUGUGUGGCCCUGGGUCCUGGGGGUCUGGCACCCUGUCUGGGAACGGGGACACUGACCUCACUUCCAUCCUCUGCUCUUUCCCUACCUUGCCUUUCACUGGGACCGUUCUUCCCUCAUCCCUCCUUCCUCUGUGUGCUUUUUAAUCUAGACAAACUAAAAGGAACAUUUUAUCUUCAGUGGGCUGGGCCAAUGGUUGUAAAAUAAUCAUUGUAAAUAUUUAAGUCACCUAUUCAGUCAGAAAACCAGAAAGAGAAAGACUUAAGAACUUCUAGUAUAUAAAUAUAAAUAUAUGGUUCUCUUUUUUUUGAAGAAAGAAAAGAUGGAAACACAAGUGUAGUUUUUAGACUAUAUCAAUAAUUGCUAUUAUUAUUGCUAUACCGUAUAAUUAUGACUCUGAUUCUUGAUCCUUGUAUCAUUAUUGUUAUGGAUGUGUAAAUUCCAGAUAUGUAUGACUGUAUGUUGUAGUAUGUCUAUGCUCUUCUCCAUCCACUAAAACACUGGAGCACACACCCGUCUUUAAACUUUAAACUAUCCACCAGUUCAGGCAACACUGCUGCCAAAAGAUGUCCACGUAACUGUACAGUUCCUGUGCUGCAGUUAUUAAAGAUGAUCUCAGUGCCAUGUCAGUUGCUUUUUUGGAAAACUAUACGUAGGUUGUUUUGUAAGAGGCAUGUAUUAAAGAAAAGGAGUGUAAAAUGUUAAAAACUACAAAUGAAAUUAAAGAUGCGUUCAUUCUUUUCACUGACA